UGCCCCAUCCUUGGUGUCAGUGGGGGGAGGAAUAGUGCCCCAUCCUUGGUGUCAGUGGGGGGGAGGAAUAGUGCCCCAUCCUUGGUGUCAGUGGGGGGAGGAAUAGUGCCCCAUCAUUGGUAUCAGUGUCAGUGGGGGGAGGAAUAGUGCCCCAUCCUUGGUGUCAGUGGGGGGAGGAAUAGUGCCCCAUCCUUGGUGUCAGUGGGGGGAGGAAUAGUGCCCCAUCCUUGGUGUCAGUGGGGGGAGGAAUAGUGCCCCAUCCUUGGUGUCAGUGGGGGGAGGAAUAGUGCCCCAUCCU